CAGAGGGAAAAAUUCUAUAUCCUAGCUGCUAUAUGAUGUUUGGAUUGUCCCAAUUCUACAACAACGAUGAUGAACCAGAGAUGUUUGGGCAAGUUAGCCCUCCUCCAACAAUUAAAGAGGAUGAAAAAAGAAGGUUGCAAAUGGUGGUAGUUGUUGUUCCAGUCAUCCUUUCAACAUUGCUUCUAACUUUUUCCUACUACUUGCUAAGGAAAAGAGCAAGAAAGAGCAGUUAUAAGGCCUUAAUUCUAAAAGAAAAUUUUGGUCAUGAAAGUACCACUCUAGAGGGUUUGCAAUUUGAAAUGGACGUAAUUAGAACAGCAACAGACAACUUUUCACAUGAAAACAAGAUUGGCAAAGGUGGAUUUGGAGAAGUUUACAAGGGAAUUCUUUUUGAUGGACGACACAUAGCUGUUAAGAGGCUUUCAUCAAAUUCAAAGCAAGGCAUAGUCGAGUUCAAGAAUGAAAUUUUAUUGAUAGCCAAGUUACAACAAAGAAAUCUUGUGGCAUUAAUAGGAUUUUGCCUAGAAGAGCAAGAGAAGAUUCUUAUUUAUGAAUAUGUGCCAAAUGGGAGCCUUGAUUACAUUUUAUUUGAUACUAGACAGCAAAAUUUAAGCUGGGAUCAACGUUACAAAAUUAUAGGAGGAACGGCUUUAGGAAUUCUUUAUUUGCAUGAAUAUUCUCGUCUCAAAGUUAUACAUCGGGAUCUCAAACCUAGUAAUGUUCUACUGGAUGAAAAUAUGAAUCCUAAAAUAUCAGAUUUUGGAAUGGCUAGGAUUGUUCAAAUAGAUCAAGAUCGUGGACAUACCAACAAAAUUGCGGGAACAAGGGGUUACAUGUCCCCAGAAUAUGCAAUGCUUGGACACUUUUCAGAGAAGUCGGAUGUUUUUAGUUUUGGUGUCAUUGUUUUAGAGAUUAUUACUGGAAAAAGAAAUAUAAAUCCUUAUGAAUCACAUCAUUUUACCGAAGGCCUCACAAGUUAUGUAUGGAGACAAUGGAAGAAUGAAACUCCAUUAAUCAUAUUGGAUCCAAAAAUUGAAAAUUAUUCUCGUAUUGAAGUUAUUAAGUGCAUACAGAUUGGUUUGUUAUGUGUUCAAGAAAAUCCAAAUGUAAGACCUACAAUGGCAACGGUUGUUUCAUAUCUUAAUAGUCAUUCACCAGAAUUGUCAUCCCCACAAGAACCAGCAUUUUUCCUACACGAUAGAACGAAUCAAGAUAUUGCAGCACAGAAAUCAAGUUCUGUGAAUAAUUUUGUAUCAUUUUCUGUCAACGAGGUGUCUAUAAGUGAAUUUUAUCCUCGACAGUAGGUUAGUUCAUUUUCAUUAAAUAUAUACUUUUGUUUUUAA